CACGUGAUUAGGCGUGUUUACCUAUGAUACAAUGAAGCGUCUAUGAGACCAUCAUCGACCUCAGCCAAAUAAUCAAUCCUACGGUCACGUUCACGAUCGCAAUCACUUAUUGGAUUUACAUCAGGGUCUUUGCUCACUAAUAACUGCUCGAUGCGUCUGAGAAAAGGAAGUCUCAGUGUGUAGCCUCCGGGCAAGCGAGCAAAGCAGACAGACAGACGAGGGCAAAGAGUGGGCUUAUUUGAGAGAUAUUGUACCAAAUGCAUUCCUGAAUCUCUGCUGCUGGCCUCAUAAUGGGCGUUAUAGAGGACACUGACAUAGAGCAGGUGACCCUGGCUCUUUUGGAUGCCGCCAAUGACAGGGACCCGGUGGUACAGGAACAGGUCAGGAAGUCCAUCUUGACUCUGGGGAACCAGAAGCCUGAUAAAGUCCUCUCCAUGUGCCAGGAUUACCUGCUCAAGCACCCAAAGCUGGUGGUCGGUCACAGAGUGGUGGUCUUGCAAACCAUUGAGUUGGUGGUGAAAAGCAGGAUUGACGACAUCACUUACCCCAAGAUCAAGAAUGUCAUUCAGCUGGCAUCAGAUGAGAUGACCAAAUCAAAGGAGGUUGUCCCGGACUGGCAGCAAGCAGCCAGUAAUAUUCUGGUAGCUGUUGGAAAUAAAUAUAUUAAUGACAUCAUGGAGGAGAUACUCAGCAAGUUCCAGCCAGGAGUUUUGCCUCACUUCUUUGUGGUCCAAACACUAGCUAAUCUGUCCGACUCUAAUGUAUAUGGUAUGGUGCCUUUUCUCAAUGCUAUAAUGGGGACCAUGCUGCCCAUGCUGGGAAUGACCAAACAUGACAACAUGAAAUGGGUCUUUUCUUCAGCGCUGUGCCACUUUAGCGAGAGCAUCCUAGAGUAUCUAGCCAACCUGGACAAAGCCCCUGACCCCACCGUGCGUAAAGACACCUUCUCCAGCGAGAUAUUCUCAGCCUACGACAUCCUGUUCAACAGCUGGAUCCAGAGCCGAGAGGCCAAGCUGCGUCUGACUGUUGCAGAGGCUCUUGGGUCAAUGAGUCACCUGAUGGCACAUGAUAAACUGGAAGAACAGCUUCCCAAACUCCUUCCCACUAUACUGGGCCUCUACAAGAAGAACACAGAGCAUUACAUCAUCAGCAAGAGCUUGUGCCAGGUCCUGGAAGCCUCGGUGAAUAUGGGCAGUCGAGUGCUGGAGACUCAGAUUGAUGGACUGUUACUCGCUCUGCACCAGCAGGUAUGUUCACCUGUGGACUUCAGCAACCCUCCAACUAUAAAAAAUCACAACGAGGUCCUACGAUGUUUCAGUAUCCUUGCUAACACGUUCCCGGACCGGCUGAUGGUGUUUGUCCUCCAGAGGCUGGAGAACAGUAAUGAAAGGAACCGAAUGGGCUCGCUGGCGGUUCUCAGACACCUCAUCAACUCAUCCACCUCCACUAUGGAAACCAAGAAGCUUCUAAUUCUAGCCAGCAUCAGGCAACCUCUCGCUGACCACAGCAAUAAGGUGAAGAAGAGGGUUGUGCAGGUGAUCAGUGCAAUGGCUCAUCAUGGCUACCUGGAGCUUGACGGAGGAGAUCUGCUCGUCCGCUUCAUCAUCCAACACUGUGCUCUGCCGGACACUUACUACAAAGGCCAGCGACCUCCAGAUCCAGAGGAAGUGACCAAUGAGGCUCUUCGCAGCAUGUGUGAUAAUACAUUACAUCUAUUCACUACUACAGUGGGCCGAUUGACUGAUGUUCUGUGGCCAAUGUUGCUUUGCUACCUGACCCCAAAUCAGUAUGCCAACGCCACCACCCCAUUGUGCAAAAGUUUAAUUCUGCUGGCCAGUAAGAAGCGAGCGGCACAAGAACCCAACUUUAUGAUCGACUUCAAUGCACAAGGCACUAGUCUUCCUUCACAAUAUAUCCUGUUGAUUCGACUCUUGGUGAAUGCUUCAUUCCCGUUUCGAUACAGAGGACAUGGCGCUCCUUCGCUGAGUCUACUCAAUGCCAUCAGUCCUAACAUUCACCCCAAAGCCGAGACGUUCUGGGAAAACGAGAUUCCAAAGCUGCUCAGUUAUCUUGAAGAAUCAACUGAAGAUUCUCUGGAUAAAAAGAAAUGGGAUGAAAGUUUACUUCAGCUCCUGUCUAAAACUCUGGCAACCAUUGACGACAGCAAGUGGACCAGUCAGCUUGCAGUAGAAGCCACACGAUACCUUCCUACCUACAACAACUCUCUGGAGGAGAAGAGUUUUUUGUAUAGGUGUGUCGGUGUGAUUCUCCAGCAGUGCUAUAAUAAAGAGCUGGUCAGGAAACAGCUGCAGGAGAUCCUGAUUAACACUCGUCACAAUGAUGCAGUGGAGAGAACGGGUGUUGCCAUGGGAAUCGGGCUGUGUGCCAGCAGCCAUCUGGACGGCACUCUGGAGAAACUGGAGGAGUUUGGGAAGUCUGAUGCAUUCAGGAAAGCCUCAGGGAUAUUUGGUCUUCUCAAAGAUAAAAAUGAUGUUGAUGUGGAGAAAAUGAAGAGCACACUCAUUUUGUGUUAUGGCUAUGUUGCGUUACACGCUCCAGAAGAUCAACUACUCACUCGCAUUGAUAGUGACAUUCUCCAAAACAUCUCCAAGAACUUCAACACUAAGGUUCUGGGAAUUAAAGUAGAGACCAAGGACCUGACUAUGAAGCUCAGUCUCAUUCAUAGUGUCGGGCUCAUUGCCAAGGCCAUCAGCAACAGUGUUCGUAAACAGGGCUUCAUGUUCACUCGAAAACAUGAGCUGAUGGGCGUUAUGACGGAUUUCAUCAAAGCUGAACCACCAGAAGUCAUGCGGACUCCCGUUCGCUAUCUUGUUUUGACCACGUGUGCCAACCUUAUAAACUUAGAUCCCCCUUUAACAGAAAACGAGAACUUUGAUUUGCUAAAAACGUGUUUGAAUGGUGUAUACGGGCUUCCAACUGCGGACACUCCAGAUAGAGUGAAAGAAGAAGAAGCCUUGGAUCCACAGCAGAGAGAGGUCUUAUAUUCAGACACUUUUAACGCUCUUCAUGAAUUGCUGAGGAAUGUGUUAGCCAGAGAUCUGAACCCUGACGGUCUGCAGGCUGUGUUCAAGCAUAUAGAGAGCUGGCUGAGCUCGGGACAAGACCACGAGAGGGAGAGAGCAGUAAAGACCACCGCACACUUACUGCAAUUUUACUUGGACAAUCUCAGUGUCAAGAAUCUAGUGACAUUUCAUAAUCUGGGAGCUCUUGUGGGUCGCCUGGCCCCGCGCUGCACAGACCCAAACCCUGAGGUUCGGCGGGCAGCAAUAGACUGCAUCUAUAGCCUGAUGUACAUUCAGCUGCGCUAUGAAGGUUUCUCACUGGACUACAAAGAUGAUUCAGUUGAGGCUCUGUUAGAUGUUCGUGAGAAGCUUAGCAAUCCUGACCAUUCCGUCUUAUAUAAAACCUGUUCCGAGCUGACUAAGAUCAUCAGUAAGCGUUUACCCCAGCAGCAGUUGAGCACCCUGCUGUUUAUGCUGUUUGAUGGUUUGGUGGACUCUCAAUCCAACUGUUCCAGAGCUUCCAGUGUGAUCCUCAACACAUUACUGAAGAACCGAGGCGCUGGCCUGCAGGAUCUGGUGCCAGAAAUGCUAGAAGUGUUGCACAACCGGCUGCAGGUGAUUGGAGAAGAGCAGGUGAAGGUGGCCAUUGGUCAGUCCAUCCUCAUCCUCGCCACACAGCAUCUGCAAACUGUGGUCAACACGCUCGUCGCCUACCCACUACCAUACGACAGCUGGAGCUGUGAGAUGUGGAUGGCUCUGGGAGCGGACAGCACUCUGGCCCUACAAAUCAUGGAGAUGAUUAUCGAGAAGCUCAAUGUCAUGGUUCCCUAUGUAGAUAAGAAGGAGUCUAUGUUGAGGCCCGGGUUGACCAAAGUUGCUACAAGUCAUCCACUGGCUAUGACUUGUGCCCUGCGUGAGAUGAUGCUGAAUGGUCAGUCAGCUGAUGCUGUGGCACACUUGUUUCCGAAGCUCUUCAGUGCUCUUCUGGUGCGCUUGGGCUCCAGUGUGGGAGUUCAGCUACCGAAAGAUCUCAACAGCAACAGCAUCAUUUCAGACCGCAAAACAACCAACAAAAACAGUGUGAUCAAUUUUGAUGUGUGUGGGGUGGCAGUGGAGGCUCUGCGGGUCCUGCUGGCUCGAGCUCAGCUGGACGCUGUCGUCAAACCAUUAGAUCAGGAGGGAGCUUGGGACAAGAUGAAGGACCCGCAGCAGCACACAACAGGAGUCACUCUGCUCUCCAGAGCGAUGGCAAAGCAUGCUGGUCCAAGACUGCCUGCCAUUGUGGAGAGUCUGUGCCCUUCUCUCUGUAAUAUUUAUGAGUGCCAGAGGAUCACAGUCACAGCCUUCUUUUCUGAGCUGCUGAACCACCACGUGGUGACUGAACUGAUGAUUCUGGACAUGCUGAUGAACAACAUGAUGGAAAGAAUCACCGAUACCUGUGGUACAGUCCGCAUGCUGGCGGUCCGAGGCCUGGGCAACAUCGCUGUGGGCUCACCUGAAAAGGUGAACAAGUAUGCAAAAGAGCUGUUAGCAGCCAUGAGUUCAGGAAUGGAAGAGAAAGAUGAUCCAGGAAAACUCAUCACACUAGAGGCCAUGUCAGGGAUGUCCAAGAUACUGCUUUACCUGGACCAAAAGAACGUCAAUCUGCUGGUGGUGUACAUCUUCAUGAAGAUUAAACCCUUUCUGGAGAAUGAGAACGAUGAGAUCCGAUGUGCUUCCAUCAUGCUGCUGGGGAACCUCUCGAAGUUUGGCUCGGGUGAACCAGUCUUUAAAGACCAGAUCCACAAUGUUCUGGUCAGCCUGCUGUUGCACCUCAGUGAUCCCAACCCUCAUGUGGUGAAGGCAUGCAAAUAUGCAAUGCGUAUAUGUGCUCCGGUCGUAGGUUCAGAGCAAAUCUCAGCCAUGUUCCAGAAUCAUCUUCUUGAGGAGAAGGGUCUGCAUUAUGGAGAGUUUAUUAAUGACCUCACCAAAUAUCUGAUCCAAGAUUUCCCAGGCAUGCUGAACUUUUACCACAUCACAGUGGUUCAGUUCUUCAAGAGUAACUGGGCUGAAAUCAGAGCCAGUGCUGCCAUGUUUAUUGGCUUUCUGCUUGGAAACCUGCCUGAUGAGCAUUUCUCCCAUAUGAAUAUGGGGUCAGUGACCAAGGGUCUGGUGAUGCUGCUGCAGGAUCCAGAUCCUCUUGUACGAGUGAAAGCCGCAGAAGCCAUGGGUCAUUUUCACUGACGUUGCCUGCGACCAAUCAGAUUAGUCUUUGAUUUUAAGUUUGUGGCUUUAAAUGAGGAGGAAACCUUGAGUUGUUGCUUUAUAAUAAGCCUUGAACGGUUUUUAUUAUCGACCAAAGACUGUGCACUAGUUCUGUAAGAUAAGAGAAGAAUAAAAAGGAGAAGACGUUAUUGACGUUACAGCACAUAUAAGUUCAGCGUAUGAUUCCUAGUAUGCUUUUUUGUUCUAUCUGCGGCAGUUAAUAAAGUGAGAAAAGUACCUGAAAAACCCUUUAUAGAGAGUCAAACUGAAGUUUCUACAUGGGUACACUGAUAUUACUUGCUUGACCAUUCCUGUAGCCUGCUAAAUGCAUAUCAACACUUCGAAUCGUUAAACCAUUAAAAAUGUAUGUAGGAUGAAUCGAUAUAUUGUAAACCGAAAUCCAGUCCGCAGGGUUUUUUUGGGGUAAUGAAAUCUGAUGUAGUGCUCAGAGUUUAAUCCAAUGUUUAAAGCAGACGGUUGAGUCAUAUUGACCACCAUAAAGCUUCAGCAAUAAAUCACCCUAAUAGGGAUGUUUAUUAUCAUAAGCUUCUAAGCCAUUAAGAGCAACCGAAAUCUGUUUUUCACAAUCAAACAAAUGAUAUUUACUGUAAGUAAGCAUUUAAAGUGUUUUGCUGUGACAUCUGUGGUUCUGAUCGUAUCUCAUGCAAUACAGUAUAAACACAAUUGUGCGUUCUUCUUGUGCGUCCAAGUCGGAAAAGCAACAAAAACAGUGCCAAAACGUAGAUUUGUAAAGAAUAAAAUGCAUUAUAGUGGAUAUUAAGGUUUUCUGACUGUUUCAUAGUCGUCUCUGUGUAGCAAAACAUAAAUGCUGGUAUUUCUGUGCCAGCUGUCUUGUUCCGUUUUGUAAAUUAUAUCUGUGAAGUGGAUGUUAAAAGGCUCACAUUUAUUGCAACUGUUUCAGAGUUUAAGCAUGAAGAGAAUUAAUCUGAAGUGUUUUUUAUUUUGUUUGAUAAAAAACACCUACAAUGUCCUCAAGAAGCACUAUGUAACCACAGAAUUGUAAAUUAAACAGUUGAUGUAGUGGGUCUUUUUAAGUGUAAAUAGCCUAAUAAUGUCUUAAUUGAUUUGGCUGAUUAAUAUUUAAUGAAUGUAGGCAUUAAAGAAUUAGUAAACAAACCCCUCUGUAAACGGCAUUCAGUCUUAAAAAUAAAGGGUGAUGUAAUAGAGGAACCAUUUUUAGUUCCCCAAAGAACACUUUAACAGUGCUUUAAAGAACCAUUUUUUCUUAGUGUGAUGAACAAUCUAGAUUUAUUUUUACAUUUUUAUGAAGAACCGCUUGUUGAAUGGAAGUUUCUAAGGAUGAUAAAGGUUCUUAAAAAGUGAUAAAUGGCUUAAUUUUUGAAUGCCAGUGUGAUUCAUAAAGGCCUCAUUUUUAAUUGCAAACAUUAGAGUCUUAAAUAAUUAAAGUAAUCAUGAGUCAAAUGCUACUAUAUUUUAAUAAACAGGGUGAUUUAAAAAGAAUACCACAACUUAGAAAAUCUGUAUUUAAUCAAAGAAACUUGAUGGAACCUUGGGUAAUUAAUCAAUGUGUAGAGUACUUAAAGUUUUUUUUGUAGAAAACAAGUUCAUAGAUGUUCAAUAUGACCCCCUUCAGACACUCGAGUGACAUCAACCCGAAAGUUGUGGUAUUCUUUUUGAAUCACCUUGUAUACAGUAUAAUACACUACAGUUCAAAUGUUUUGGGGUUAUUGAGUAUUUAUAUUUAGCAAUGAUGCAUUAAAUUGAUCAAAAUUGACAGUAAAGGCAUUUUACAUACAAUUUAUAUUUCAUAUAAGUGGUUUGAUGUGGCUUUCUAUUCAUCAAAUAUUCUGAAAGCAAAACGUGUAUAAUGGUUUCUGCAAUACAAUUGAGCAGCAUGACUGUUUUAAUGCAGAUAAUAAUAAAAAUCCUUAUUGAGCAUGAAAUCACUGUAUGCACGUUGCAAGAAACAACAAAUAUUUCACACAAUAUUUGUCUUUUACUCUUAAAUAGGAGGGGAUUUACUUCAGAUAUUUGAACUAUACAGUAUAUCUAUAAAUGAUUUUCUCCAAAAUGGUGGAUUUCAUUUGACACAAGAAGAGCUGAAGCUCUGGAUGUGAACUGAGAAAAAUAUUUCAUCUGUUUUGUUGCUCAGGUUGUUGAAUAUGUAUUAGCACAAGUCAAUUAAAAGACAUUAUUGUACUAAGGACACAGACCAUUAAUCUGAAUACUUUAGAAUUUAGCAAUUAGUGGCAGUUAUUCCAUUCGGUCAGGAACUUAUUGUAGUAAUGAUUGUGGAAUUAAUUUCUGGAUAAAAGCACUGAAUGCUCGUGUCUGCAAUCAAACUGCCACCGGAGGUUUCACAGGUCUGCUGGAUGAUCAUGUUGUCUGAUGUGCAUCAUCGACUUGUUUUUAAAUGUUUUUUGUUUGACAAAAUUGUUUUGUAUCAUGUAGCUGAUCUCUGGAUGAUGGCGAUUGAAAAUACAGAAUCAUUAAAGUUAUUAUAUUUGACAA